AUGCAUCGGUCUUCAGCUGAAUCUGCAAAAGACGAUGUUCAUGCGGAACGGAUGGGUCUCGGAUGCCCCAUUCACGCUCAACGGAACGAACAUAUCCGAAUGCACCAGCUACGUUUAUCUGGGUCGGGAACUGAAAUGAUGAACGACCUGACCCCCGAGCUGGGCAGGAGGAGACGAGCGGCUUGGGGAGCGUACAAGAGCAUCGAGGAUGUAGUGAAGAAGACCAGGAACACCCGGCUCCGUGCUCACCUCUUCAACACCACAGUACUUCCUGCUUUCACCUAUGCUUCGGAAACCUGGGCAUUUCGCAAGCAGGAAGAAAACGCGGUGAGCGUCAUUGAACGCGCAAUUGAGAGAGUGAUGCUAGAAGUAUCCCGUUUCACGCAAGCGAGAGACGGGAUUCGAAGUUCUCUUCUACGUCAGCGAUCGAAGAUUAGAGACGCCGCCGCGUUUGCCAAGGAAAGUAAAAUAAGGUGGGCCGGACACGUGAUGCGCUUUAACACAACAACCGUUGGACCAGAGCCGUGA